AUGGUCGGUGGAGGAGCUGCCGAUCUGUCCCCAACAGCCGCUGUCAAGAUCUUUGCAGCCGGAACAGCUGGCUGUGUGGCCGAACUGGUCACUUAUCCCCUGGACACAGCCAAAGUGAGACUGCAGAUUCAAGGUGAAUCCAAGCCCUCACUGGAAGGCCAAAGGAUAAGAUACAGAGGUGUGUUCGGCACCCUCCUCACCAUGGUGAGGACCGAGGGCCCCAGGAGUCUUUACAGUGGACUGGUGGCAGGGCUGCAUCGACAGAUGGGCUUCGCCUCAGUCCGCAUCGGCCUGUAUGACACCAUGAAGGGGUUCUACACCAAAGGGUCAGAGAAUGCAGGAAUUGGGGCUCGGCUGCUGGCAGGCUGCUCCACGGGGGCGAUGGCAGUGGCCUUCGCGCAGCCCACUGAUGUGGUGAAAAUCCGGUUCCAGGCUCAGGUCUGCGGGUCCGCCUCUGUGAAAAGAUACAACAGCACGUUUGAUGCCUACAAGACCAUCGCCAGAGAUGAGGGCUUCAGAGGGCUCUGGAAAGGUUGUCUGCCAAACAUAACUCGUAAUGCCAUAGUAAACUGCUCCGAGCUGGUGACGUACGACAUCAUUAAGGAGCUCAUCCUGAAGUACAACCUGAUGACAGACAACAUGCCGUGUCACUUCACAGCAGGCUUCGCAGCAGGUUUCUGCACCACCAUUGUGGUGUCUCCAGUGGAUGUGGUGAAAACACGCUUCAUGAACUCAGCGCCUGGGAAGUACAGCGGCGCUAUUAACUGUGGCCUAAUCAUGCUGAUGAAAGAGGGACCCACAGCUUUCUAUAAGGGAUUUAUACCCGCAUUUCUCCGUUUGGGUUCCUGGAACAUUGUAAUGUUCAUGAGCUUCGAGCAGAUUAAGAGAGCUAUCAUAAGAUUCCAACAGUCCCGGGAUUCAGUGCUCUGA